GUAUCUAUUGUGUAUAAAAAUGAAACCCAUUAUAAUCUUUUGGUUUUUGUUAUAUACAUGUAUAUGUUUUAUUCAGUUAGUUACUUCCGAGGGUACUUCGUCUUGUGACUUCAACCUAAAUGAUGAAUUUUUCGAUGGCGAUAAAGAUGUUAUACUCAGUACGUUGGAAGAAAUGUUCGAGUGUGCUAACGACAAAAUGAAAGAGAAACGAAAACAGAAAAUGGCAGAAUUGAAAGCAAAACUGACCCCCGAACAGAAAGAACUAUAUGACGAAAAUGAAGAUGUCCUUCAAGGAAUUGAUUGUUGUCCAUGUUCAGUUUAGUAAAGGACCCAAAAUCAAAUAUUUUGUGGAGCAAGUGUCAGAAACGGAUUGCCAUCGAUAUUAUGAGCUCAUGUAGUCAUAGUAUAUUCA